AUGCCUUGCACCCCGCUCCACAGUCCCCGCCUGCUGCUCCUGCUGCUGUCGUGUCUGCCGAAAGCACCCUCUGCCCAGGUGAUGGACUUCUUGUUCGAGAGGUGGAAACUUUAUGGUGAUCAGUGCCACCACAAUCUGAGCCUGCUGCCCCCACCUACGGAGCUGGUUUGUAAUAGAACCUUCGACAAGUACUCCUGCUGGCCUGACACCCCGCCCAAUACCACAGCUAACAUCUCCUGCCCCUGGUACCUACCUUGGUACCACAAAGUGCAGCAUCGUCUGGUGUUCAAGAGGUGCGGGCCUGACGGGCAGUGGGUGCGAGGGCCGCGGGGGCAGCCAUGGCGCAACGCCUCCCAGUGCCAGAUGGACAACGAAGAGAUCGAGGUCCAGAAGGAAGUGGCCAAGAUGUAUAGCAGCUACCAGGUGAUGUACACUGUGGGCUACAGUCUGUCCCUGGCGGCCCUGCUCCUUGCCCUGGUCAUCCUGCUGGGCCUCAGGAAGAUGCACUGCACCCGGAACUAUAUCCACGGGAACCUGUUUGCGUCCUUUGUGCUCAAGGCCGGCUCUGUGCUGGUCAUCGACAGGCUGCUCAAGACACGCUACAGUCAGAAGAUUGGAGAUGACCUUAGCGUGAGCGUCUGGCUCAGCGAUGGGGCGGUGGCUGGCUGUCGAGUGGCCACAGUGAUCACGCAGUACAGCAUCAUCGCCAACUAUUGCUGGCUGCUGGUGGAGGGUGUGUACCUGUACAGCCUGCUGAGCCUUGCCACCUUCCAAGAGAAGAGCUUCUUUUCCCUCUACCUGGGCAUUGGCUGGGGAGCGCCCCUGCUGUUUGUCAUCCCCUGGGUGGUGGUCAAGUGUCUGUUUGAGAAUGUCCAGUGCUGGACCAGCAAUGACAACAUGGGCUUCUGGUGGAUCUUGCGUAUCCCUGUCUUCCUGGCCAUAUUGAUCAAUUUCUUCAUCUUUGUCCGCAUCAUUCACCUUCUUGUGGCCAAGCUGCGUGCCCGGCAAAUGUACUAUGCUGACUACAAGUUCCGGCUAGCCAGGUCCACGCUGACCCUCAUCCCUCUGCUGGGGGUCCAUGAGGUGGUCUUUGCCUUUGUGACUGACGAGCACGCCCAGGGCGCCCUCCGCUCCACCAAGCUCUUUUUCGACCUCUUCUUCAGUUCCUUCCAGGGCCUGCUGGUAGCUGUCCUCUACUGUUUCCUCAACAAGGAGGUGCAGGCAGAGCUACUGCGGCGUUGGAGGCGAUGGCGAGAAGGCAAAGCCCUUAAAGAGGAACAGAUGGCUAGCUGCCGUGGCAACCACACGGCCCCAGCAGGGUCUAGUCACGGUGAACCCGGUGAGAAACUUAAGUUCAUGACUGCAGGCAGCCGCAACGGGACUGAACCCUCUGUGGAGAUCUCCUUCGCUAGCAGUCUCUCAGGGCUGACUGACAGCCCCACCUGAAGCCCCACGGGAGCCCAGCCAGGCUGGAUUCAG